AUGGUUAAACACGUGAAUAAGCAUAUUAAUGAGGAUACUGGAUUACCUGCACAAAUAGUAUUAUUAUUGGACACUCUGAAGCAGCAGUGUUCGGAUAGAUUCCAAAAUAUUGAAUCCAACCCUCUGUACGCGGAAGCAACAAUUUUGGACCCGCGCUUCAAAGGUUUCGCGUUUCAUUCACAAGAAAUAUUUAAUAUAGCUGUAACGACCUUAAGACAAUGGAUGUAUUGUACCUGGAAGCUUAAAGAAUUGAAAGACGAUCUAAAAAAACGAGGAGCGAAGAUAACUGGAAAGAAAGCAGAUCUUGUUGAGAGGUCAGAAUCAUAUGUCUUAUGUUUGUAUAAUCAACAAAGCCCUCUAGCUUCUCAAAGUCAAGCAAUUGAUGUGCCUGCUGUUGAACUUUACCAGGACGUUAAUAGCUCCACGAUAUUGCCAAAGAUUACCAAAAAACAUAUUCAAAGUUAUUUUGAUAGAUUCAAUAGAAAUAUCAGUGAUGCUGUAAAGUUGUAUGAAUCGAGAUACCUUCUUAUUUUACGAUCAACAACAUUUGCCCAAGAAACAUACUUGAAAGGUAGGUUUUCACCAGUUAAUAAAGGUUGA